AUGACCCUGGAUCGAUCCUCACAAAAAUGGGGCUUUGCUUUCAUGCUAUCCGUGUUAGCAUUAUCCAAUGUUAUACAUCCUGUGGUGAAUGAUCCUACAAGAAUGUUUGAGAACCUACCAUAUGAUCUCUUUCCACAGGGAGUUUUGAAUAAUCAAACAGCAUCGGAAUCGCCAUCAUCACCGAAUGCUGAUGUCUCCAACAAUCCUUCAUCUGAUGCCAAUAAGAUGAUCACAGAAAAUCAAGCAACGAUACCUUCGGAGCACAGCAGUGCCACCACAAUAGAAUCGAAUUACUCUGCUUUGGACCAUGUGGUCAUGCGCUUUCGAAACGACCCCUCCUCGGUUACAAUCCAACCAAAUUCGGUACCCGUCAUGUUGUGGCCCUUUCAAGAUCAAGGUUGGAAAGUCGACAGUGCCGACAUGACCCACAUUGAGACCAAUGGUGUCCAAGAGUCUUCAGUAUUGUAUCUAGCCCCCAAGGCAGUCCGAACCUUGGAUCCCAAUGUCGUUUGGUUGACCGAUGUCAAGUUCCCACCGUCGGAGUGGUGCAAACGAUUGACCCAAAAAGCUGAGCUCACGAAAGCAAGACGCCAAGCCGCCGGUUUGCCACUCCAGUGGCCCAUUUUUGUGGUGGACUUUACGGAUCAACGAACCUACCAUCGCUGCAAAGGAUUGGAACUGAUUGUGGGCAAGGAAUUUAUGUUUUAUUCCAAACGAUCUGUGGUGGUGGAUCGGGUCUUUGAUUCAUCACAAAAUUGGGUUACGCUGGGAACCAAAGUAUUGGAGCAACGCAACAUGACGUAUGAGCACAUGCCCUUGGUGGUUCGAACGGACAUUGUGGAAAUUUUGAAAAGAAUCUUGCUGCAUCGGUACAACAAGACCAAGUUGUCCGAUCCAAUUGAAACUCUAUGGAAUCGUUCCGUCGACAUUGCUCACUAUUGGCCCAGCGAUGGUCGGAGUGGGAUUGGUCGAUUUCAAUCGCAAUUGCGGGACAAGGUCAGUCAAACGAUUGAAACUGCUCUUCUUGGCACCACGAAACAAAUCUUUGUGGGCGUGACGGGCACCGCCGACCGACGAGGCCGCCGCAAACCUCAAACUGCCUAUGUACGACACAUGUUGACGACCAAGAUUGUGGUCGUCACCCAGCGAGACGAAUGGGAAGGACAUUAUCGUUUGUAUGAAGCCCUGUUGAGUGGUGCCAUGGUCAUGAGCGAUCAAAUGCUCAUCUUGUCUCGAUUGGGGUUGGAAAAUGGGACAUCGGUGAUUGAAUUCGACAGUGAAACAAGUCUGAUAUCCUUGGCCCAAUAUUAUUUGGACCACAACAGUGAGCGUCAAGCCAUUGCAUCCAGAGGAAGACAGAUUGCCAUGUCGCGGCAUCGAUCGUGGCAUCGAAUGGAAGAAAUUGUCUUUGGGAGUAUCGUGACCAAAUGCACUGCAAAGGAAUGUCCGUACAUUGUGCAUGGAAACGAGUCGUCAAUAGUAUCAAGCUAA